AUGGCCACAGUGACGUGGUGGGCGGUGGUCGGCAGGGUCAUGGCAAUCACGGUGCUGCGGGUGACAGUGGUCGGGGCAGCCACAGGGCGCUGGUGCCAGCGGACGGUGCUGGUGACAGAGCAGGAGGAGGUGACGCCGCGGCGCGAGGCUGCGGUGCCUUGUCCCAGUUUGUACCAGUACAGCCUGGCUGGGUGGCGGCUGGACCGGGACCGCACACGGCGGGAACAWGGGAAUUCCCCCGGGAACACUGGCACCGAGCCCCCCAGGGACGCUGGCAGUGACCCCACCCUCUGCUACAUCUAUCGCCCCCCGGAGACACGGCCGGUGGUCCGGAACCGCACGGAGCAUGGCUGCUGUCCUGGCUGGAGCGGCACCCGCUGCACGGAGGGUACGGRGGCACACGAGGAGGGGCAGACAGGGAUGUCCCCACUGUGCCCUAAGUCCCUGGGCCRCUGUUUUGGCACGUGGCAGUGCCAGGAUGGCGCUGGUGGCCACAACAGCAGUGCCAUGAGCCGCGCUGAGUGCUGCCGGCACCCCUGGGGACACAGCUGGCGCCUUGGGGACACCGGGGACGCCAGGAGUCCCUGCCUGCCCUGUACACACCUGCCCUUGGGUGGAGACGGGGGGUCCCUGCACCACCGUAGCCCCCCAGCCACUUGCCAGGCCUGGGCUGGGACGCGCUUCCGCACCUUCGACGGGCGGCACUUUGGCUUCGCYGGGACCUGCCGGUACAGCCUGGCCACGGCCACCGAUGGCACCUGGGACAUCACCAUCGGCCUUGGACAUCCCCCGGUGCUGCACAUGACCUUUGGGACGGACACGGUGGUGGCCCAGGGACGGAAUGUGUCGGUGAAUGGGGAGGCAGUGCCAGAGGGACGUCCCUACCUGCAUAAAGGGCUCGSUGUCACCUGGCCAGGUGACUGGGUGGCCGUGGCCAGCAGCCUGGGCGUGCGGGUGGCCUGGGACGGGCACCUGGCAGUGACAGUGACAGCAGAGCCUGAGCUGCGUGGUGGCACCUGGGGGCUCUGUGGCACCUACACCGACGACCCUGCAGGUGAGUGCCACCUGUCUGGUGCCACCCCCAUCCCACCUGGGGGGCCGGGGGGACACCCCACAUGCCCUCCCUCCCUGUGCCCCCAGAUGACUUCAUGCGCCCUGAUGGGGACAUCGCCGUCUUCGCUGCUGCCUUUGGCAAUGCCUGGAAGGUGCCAGAGGCUGGCAUGGAGGUACCUGAAGGGUGGGGUGACCCCCUUGCCCGUUUGGGGGUUCCCGAGGGUCGCCCCCUCGCUGAGGGACCCCUGGCUCAGCCCCCGUGCAGGGACGUGCUGGAGGGUGGCACCAGGUGUGGGCCAGGUGGACCCUGCUGGGUUCUAUGCAGCGUGUCUGGCACUGCUGUGUGGGGACGGGGACCCCGUGUCACCCCCCGCUCCCCUGUCACCCCUCUCUCCCUUGUCACCCCCCGGUCCCCCGCCCCCCGCCGCCUGCGACACCUUUGCCGCCUACGCCCGAGAGUGCUCCCGCCGCCAGAUCGAUGUCCCUUGGCGACAUCCCAGCUUCUGCGAGCGCCACUGCGACGCGGGGCAGCGCUUCUCCGACUGCGUGUCCCUGUGCCCGGUCACCUGUGUCACCGCGAGCAGCGCCGAGCACGGGACGUGCCACCGCCACUGCCACAGCGGCUGCGAGUGCGGCCCGGGUAUGGCCCGGGACGGGGAGAGCUGUAUCCCCACCGCUGCCUGCCCCUGCCACCACCGGCGACAGCGCUACGAGCCCGGCCAGAGCAUCCGCCAGCGCUGCAACCGCUGCACGUGCGAGGGUGGGCGCUGGCGCUGUGACCAGCAGCGGUGCCCGGCCGAGUGCGCGGUGCUGGGGGGACGUCACUUCGUCACCUUCGACCGCCGCCGCUUCUCCCUCCCGGCGACCUGUGCCCACACCCUGGUGGAGGAUUUUGUGGGGGGGCGGCUGCUGAUCACGGCCGAGCAYGAGCCCUGUGACAGCCACCGGCCCCUCGGCUGUGCCCGCACCCUCACUGUCACCACCAGCCGCACCACAGCCCGGCUCCACGGCACAGGGGAGGUGACAGUGGCCGGACGGGAGGUGACGCUGCCCUUCUCCGGUGCCGAGCUGAGCAUCCGCCGCGCGUCCUCGGCAUUCCUGCACCUGCAGGUGCCCGACGCCCACCUGCUCUGGGGCCUGAGGACCCCCGACACCUUCGUCACCCUCCAGCCCGCCAUGGCCGGAACGGUGCGGGGGCUCUGCGGGACUUUCAACGGGGACCAGCGGGACGAGUUCACGACGCCGGAGGGAGACGUGGAGCCGGGAGUCGCCGCCUUCGCCAACGCCUUCCGGGCGGCCGGAGCCUGCCCGGCGCUGGGCCCCAGCAUUCCCGAUCCCUGCGACGGCUUCCCCGGGAGCCGGGAGCGCGCCGAGGCCGCCUGCGCCGUGCUCAUGGCGCCGGCCUUCCAGCCGUGUCACCUCGUGGUGGAUCCGGAGCCGUUUCUGGAGCUGUGCCGAUGGGAUGUGUGUUCCUGCCGGGAGCAGGAGCAGGAGCGGUGCCUGUGCCCGGCACUGGGCGCCUACGGCCGGGAAUGCGCCCGGGAGGGGAUGGAGCUGGAGUGGAGGAACCGGAGCCUCUGCGAUGAGCCGUGUCCCGGGGGACAGCAGUACCGGGACUGUGGGGGUCCCUGUGGCCGUUCCUGCUCAGAGCCCCCCGGAGCCAGUGACUGUCCCCCUCCAGACACCCUCUGUGUCCCCGGCUGUCGCUGCCCSCCGGGACUCCUGCUGACCCAGGGGGGCCAGUGCGUGCCCCCUGCUGCCUGCCCUUGUCCCCGUGGCACCCGCCUGUACCCCCCYGGCGCUCGCAUCCACCGUGGCUGCGAGGCCUGUGUGUGCACAGCGGGGUCGUGGCGCUGCGUCCCCGCCCCGUGUCCCCCGGCUCCGCGCUGUCCCCCGGGGCUGCUGCACGCACCGGGGUCCUGCCUGCGCCGCUGCGACCCCGCCGAGCCCUCCGGCACCUGCGGCGGCUCCGCCGACGGCUGCGUGUGUCCCCCCGGGACCCUCUUCCUGGACGGGCGCUGUGUGUCACCGGAAGAAUGUCCCUGUCACCAUGGCGGGCAGCUGUACCCKCCCAACGCCACCAUCGCCCGCGACUGCAACACCUGCGUGUGCCGGCGACAGCGAUGGCACUGCGGGCGUGAGGAGUGCGCGGGGACCUGCGUGGCCACGGGGGACCCCCACUACAUCACCUUCGAUGGCCGCGCCUUCACCUUCGCCGGGGACUGCGAGUACCUGCUGGCGCGCGAGGCCACCGGGCUCUUUGCUGUCACCGCCGAGAAUGUCCCCUGUGGUGCCACCGGCGUCACCUGCACCAAGUCCGUGGUUGUGGCCAUGGGGAACACCGUGGUGCACAUGCUGCGGGGGCGGGAGGUGACAGUGAACGGGGUGGCCGUGCGACCCCCCAAGGUGUUCGGAGGGUCGGGGCUGGCCCUGCAGCGUGCGGGGCUCUUCCUGCUGCUCCUCACGCGCCUGGGGGUGGCCGUGCUGUGGGACGGAGGGACCCGCGUGUACGUGCGCGUGUCCCCGCGGCUGCGCGGCCGCCUGGCCGGGCUCUGUGGAAACUUCGACGGCGACGCCGAGAACGAUUUCGGGAGCCGGGACGGGGCCCUCGAGGCCACCCCCGAGAUCUUCGGGGACUCCUGGCGCCUCAGCCCCCUCUGCCCCGARGCCGACGGACACCGCCCACACCCCUGUGACGAYAGCCCCCAGCGCUCAGCCUGGGCGCGGGGGCGCUGCGGGGUCCUGCGGCACCAGCUCUUCGCCCCCUGCCACGACCUGGUACCCCCGCAGCGAUUCUACGAGUGGUGCCUGUUCGACGCCUGCGGGUGUGACAGCGGCGGUGACUGCGAGUGCCUGUGCACGGCCCUCGCCGCCUACGCCGAGGAGUGCGGCCGGCGGGGGAGACCACUGCGCUGGCGGAGCCAGGGGCUGUGCCCUCUCCAGUGCGAGGGGGGGCAGGAGUACAGCCCCUGUGGCCCCCCCUGCCCCCCCACCUGCCGCGACCUCGGCCGGGACCCCUCCGAGCUCUGCGGGGCCCUGGGAUGUCUCGAGGGCUGUUUCUGCCCCUCCGGGCGGGUUCUGCACGACGGACUGUGCGUGGAUCCCCCCGCCUGUCCCUGCUUCUGGGACGGCUUCGCCUUCCCGGCCGGGGCCACCGUGACCCAGGGCUGCAGCAACUGCACCUGCCUCGAGGGGCGCUGGCAAUGCCCCCCAACCCCGUCCCCGUGUCCCGCCGCUCCCGGCUGUGCCCCAUGGGAAUUCCGGUGCCGGGGCGGGGGUCUCUGCGUGCCGGGGGCUUGGCUCUGCGACAACGAGGACGACUGCGGGGACGGCUCAGACGAGCUGUGCGACCCUCCCUGCGCCCCCCAUCAGCCCCGCUGCCCCGGCGGGCGCUGUCUGCCCUGGGGGGCCCGAUGCGACGGUGUCACCCACUGCGCCGACGGCUGGGACGAGGCGGGAUGUCCCCCCCACCCCUGCGCCCCCCCCGAGUUCGCCUGUGCCGGGGGUCGCUGCCUCCCCCCCGCCCGGGUCUGCGACGGGCGGCUCGAUUGUCCCCCCGGGGACGACUCGGACGAGGCGGGCUGCGCCCCCCGGUGCGGGCCAGGGCAGUUCAGGUGCGCGGGGGGCCGGUGUGUCCCGUACCCCUAUCGCUGCGAUGGCCGCGACGACUGCGGGGACGGGAGCGACGAGCGCGGCUGCGCCUGCCCCGAGGGCCACCUGCCGUGUCCCGGAGGGGGCUGCCAGCCCCCCGCCGCGCUCUGCGACGGCCGCCGCCACUGCGCCGACGGCUCCGACGAGGCCAAUUGCCCCGUGCGGGCCACUUGUGCCCCCGGGACCGUCCCCUGUCCCGAUGGCUCCUGCGUGGCGGAGGUCGCUGUGUGCGACGGCGCUCGCGACUGUCGCGAUGGCUGGGACGAGAGUCCGGCAGGCUGCGCAGUGGCGCUGCCCCCCGCGCCGCUGUCACCUGUCACCGCUGUUACUUCUGUCACCGCCACUGUCACCGCUGUCACCGGCAUUGUCGCCAACGCUGUCACCGCCGACACUGCCAUCGCGAUCGCCAGUGCCAACGCCAGCGGCACCGCCAUCACCACUGUCGCCAACACUGUCACCGUCAGUGACACUGACGCUAUCGCCCACACUGUCACCGACACUGCUACUGUCACCGCCGCUGUCGCCAACACUAUCAGCGUCACUGACACUGUCCCAGCCACUGCCAGCGUCUCUGCAGCGCCCUGUCCUCCCCKCUCCCUGCGCUGUGACAGCGGCGGGUGCGUCCCGCGGGGAUGGCGCUGCGAUGGUGACAGCGACUGUCCUGACGGCAGCGACGAGGGGGGCUGCGACCCCCCUUGCGCCCCCGGCCACUUGCCCUGCGACCCCCCCUGCGACCCCGGACAUCACCCCUGCGUCCCCGCCUGCGUCCCCCCCCGCCACCUCUGCGACGGCGUCCCCCACUGUCGCGACAGCGCUGAUGAGAGACCGCAGCUGUGCGRGCCCCCCGGCCCCGGGAGCAGCCCGGGGGAUCCCUGCGCCGAGUUCGCCUGCGGGGAUGGGGAAUGUGUCACCUUCCAGCAGGUAACGGGGGGCCAAGGGGGGCCCCCACUCGCCUGGGUCACCGCGGGGUCCCGGCGUGCUCCCGACCCCCUCCCGGUGCCGCCGUGCAGUCUCCGCAGCGUCCCCGAUCCCUCCUGUUGUCACCCGCGUGUCCCGGCGUCCCCCCGACCCCUUUCCAGUGCCACUCAGGUGUCCCCUGCGCCUUCCCGGUGUCACCCCGAUGUUCCCUCGAUCAUUCCCACGAUGUCCCCGACUCCCUCCCGGUGCCACCCCCGGUAUCCCCUGGUCCCUCCCAUUCCCCCUGGACUCCCCCCCGGUUUCCCUGAUUCCCCUAACCCCUCCCAAUGUCAUCCCAGUGUCCCGGCGUCCCACGACCCCUUUCAGUGCCAUUGUGGUGUCGCCCCGCUCCCUCCCGGCAUUAUGCCUGUGUCCCCAACUUCUGCGAUGUCCCCCGCCGUGUCCCACCCUCUACACCCGCUCCGCCCCCUCUUGUCCCCGACCGCCGCGGUGUCCCCGCAGGUGUGUGACGGGGUGCGGGACUGCAGCUCGGGUGGGGACGAACGGGGGUGCGGCCUCUGGGGGCUCUGGGGGCCCUGGGGGUCCUGCAGCCGCCCCUGCGGGCCCGGGAGGCAGCGCCGCGCUCGGGGGUGUCACCAGCGUCACCCYGGGUUGCUGCGAGGGUGCCGGGGGCCGCGCGAGCAGGAGAGACCCUGCUUCCACCGGGCCUGCCCGGUGGACGGUGCGUGGGGCCCGUGGGGGCCCUGGUCCGACUGCCCCGGGGGCUGCGGGGGGGUCCGUCUGCGCAGGAGGGAGUGCCGGCCCCCCCAAAACGGCGGCCGAGCCUGCGAGGAGCUGCCCCGAGGAACCCCCGGAGCCCUGGAGAUGGACCCUUGUGCCCAGGGGGGAUGCCCCGACGCCUUGGAGUGCGCUGGUGGACUGCGCCCCCUCCCCUGCGCCCCCUGCCCCGCCUCCUGCGCCGACCUGGCCGCCGCCAUCACCUGCCCGCGGCCCCCGCCCUGCCGCCCAGGGUGCUGGUGCCCGGCGGGGCAGGUGCUGGACGCCCCCGAGCCCGGCGCAGGGUCCCCGGGGUGCGUGCGGCCGCGGGAGUGCCCGUGCCAGGCCGGGGGGCGCAGGUAUCCCCCGGGCGCCCCGGUGCCUCUCGGUUGUCGCCUCUGCACCUGCCUCGAGGGGCACCUGCGACACUGCCGCCCCCACCCCGGCUGCUCAGUGGACUGCGGGUGGUCGUCGUGGUCGCCGUGGGGCGCGUGCACGGGUGCCUGCGGGGCCCCCGGCGUGCAGUGGUCUUUCCGCAGCCCCUCGAACCCGGCCCGGCGAGGCGGAGGAAGGCACUGCCGCGGCAUCUACCGCAAGGCCCGACGAUGCCACACGGCGCCGUGCCCGCGGUGCCAGGAGCGGGGCCGGUGGCGCGUCCCCGGCGAGCGCUGGCGCGGGGGCCCCUGCCAGGUGUGCCAGUGCCUGCCAGGGGGAGCUGUCCGGUGUGUCCCCUACUGUCCCCUCCACGACACCGGCUGUCCCCAGGGCCAGGUGCUACGGGAAGGUGACGGAGGGUCCUGCUGCACCUGCGGCCCCGCGGGUGACAACGCCACGGCCACCCCACCCGGGAUGAUGACAGCUCUGACUCCCGCAAUGCCGGCCGAGGCCCCCGGCAGCUCCCGCCCCACGGCUGGGCCCGAGGAGCCGCCCCGCCCCCCGCCGCCAGGGUGGCCCGAAAGUGCCGAGACUUCCCUGGUAUCCCCCAGCGCGGCCGAGGGCACCCCCGGAACUGCGACCCUGCCCGAAGACACCCCGAGUCUCCCCGGAGGCUCCGCGACGCCCCACGAGCCUCCCCAAUUCAGUGCAUUGCCCUCGCCCGCUCCCACUGCGGUGCUCGCCACCACCCCACCAGGCUGCGUCCCCCCGCCUUGGGGGGGGUGGGGGUCCUGCAGCCGCUCCUGCGGGGUGGGGGUCGCUGUGCGGCGCCGGAGAGGGACCCUGCCCGAGGGGGGCUGCGCCGACCCCCCCGACAUCGACACCCGCGUCUGCUUCCUGCGAGCCUGCCCAGUGGCGGGCGGGUGGGCGCCCUGGGAGUCCUGGAGCGCCUGUGAUACCCCGUGCGGGGGCGGACAGCGGAACCGCCGCCGCAGCUGCAGUGACCCCCCGCCAAAAAACGGGGGGCGACCGUGCGAGGGGGGUGCCCUGCAAAGCCGGCCCUGCAACCUGCGGCCCUGCGGGAGCACCCCAGCCUGUCCCCCCCAGAUGCUGCUGGUACCCCCGCGGGGAUGCGAGGAUUUGGGGGUCCCCCCUUGCCCCCCCAGCUGUGGUGACCUGAGUGGGAACAGCUCGUGCCCGGGGGACUGCGAGGAAGGCUGCCGGUGCCUGCCCGGGCUGGUCCUGCAGGGAAGCGACUGCAUCGAGCCCAGCACCUGUGGGAGCCCCGCGGGGAUGUUGGGGGUCCCCGGGAAGUGGGGUCCCCCUGAAUCUUGCGGGUGGUCACGCUGGACCCCCUGGACCCGCUGCGACUGCGGUACCAAGACCCGACAGCGUUUCAGGUCUCCCACCAACCCCGUGGCAGCGGCCGGCGGUGCCCCCUGCGCCGGGACCCCCCGAGARGUUCGGGGCUGUCCCGAGCUCUGCGGACCCGAGCCCAGGAGCACGGAGCCACCCGGGGCCACCGAGACCCCCGAGUCGCCGUGGGUCCCGGAGCCCAAGUGGGUCACAGAGUCGCCGUGGAUCCCGGACUCGCCGGGGGUCCCGGGGUCGCCAUGGGACACAGAGUCGCCUUGGGUCCCGGCGUCCCUGGAGCCGCCGUGGGUUCCAGAGCUCCCGGAGUCCCCGGAGUCCUCAGAGUCCCCAGACUCCGCUCGUGGCCGGUGGUCGCCGUGGGGCACAGAGCCCCCAGAGUCCCCGCGGGUCCCGGUGUUGCCGUGGAGCACAGAGUCCUCGGAGUCCCCCCGGUCCCCGAAGACCCCGGUCCUCGCCCGUGGCCGGUGGUUGCCGUGGGGGUCCUGGGGCAACUGCAGCGCCCCSUGCGGGGGUGGCGAGCGCCGGAGGCACCGGGGAUGCGGCGCUCCCCCGUGCCCGGGGCCGGCCCUGCAGAGCCAGAGCUGCCACAGCCACGUGUGUCGCGAGGCCGGGUGCCCCCCCGGCCGGACGUUCCGUGAGUGCGGGGGAAGCUCUGGGUGCCCCCGGAGCUGCGCCCAUCUUGGGGGGGCCGUGGGGUGCGCGGAGGGGUGCCAGGAGGGCUGUCACUGCCCCCCCGGGACCCUCCUGCACCGCCAUACCUGCCUGCAGGUGAGACCCCUGGGCGACCCCCCGAUGGRUGCUGCCCCCAGAUCCUGGGGUGGGAAUUAUGGGCUGGGGUCCACAAAUCCACGGGUGCCCAUCAGAGGGCCUCAGCAGUGCCCCUGCUCCGUGCCGGCCGCGCUGCUGCGGGGGGGCACGCCCGGGACUCCCCCCGGCCCGGAACCCUCCGGGACCCCCCCUGAGGACCCCCCGAUCCUGGAGCUGCCGCCGGGCGGGACCGUGAGCUUGGGCUGCUCCCGCUGCACUUGCCUGUGGGGCCGCCUGCGCUGCGCCCCUCCCGGGGGCUCCCCGUGCAACGAGACCCUCCCGGAGACUCCGAUCUGCCCGAGCCCUCCGUGCGCCGAGCCCGGCCCCACAUCGGAUGUCAGCCCCACAUCGGAUGUCAGCCCCACAGCCCCAGGGGACGAGGAGGAGGCUGAGGGGUCCCCGGCGGUCCCAGUGAUCCCGUGGGGGCCGUGGGGGCCGUGGGGGCCCUGCAGCCACACCUGCACCCGCCCCGAGAGCCCCGCGAGCCGGAGCCGCCGCCGGGAGUGCGGGGGGAGCAACUGCGGGGCGGGGGCCAGCACCCAGCGACGGCCCUGCAACCUGCCCCAUUGCGAGGCUCCCCCCUGCGUGACGCCCCCCUGUCCGUGCCAGUGGAGCCCCUGGGGGCCCUGGGGGUCCUGCUCGCGGCCCUGCGGGGGGGGGCAGCAGCGGCGGCUCCGGGCCUUCGCUCCCCCCAGAACCCUGGAGCAGGACGGGGGCUGUGUCCCCCCCGCCCUGUGCGAGUGCCUGGACGCCGGGGGGCACCUUUGGGUGCCGGGGGGGGGCGGACACCCCCGGGGGUGCCAGAACUGCACCUGCGCUGGGGGGCGGCUGCGCUGCAUCCCGGGGGGGUGUCCGGCCCCCACCUCCACCCCCGGGACCGCCCCCGGAGCUCCCCCCUGCACCUGGAGCCGCUGGAGCCAGUGGGGAYCCUGCAGUGUCACCUGCGGGGGGGGGCGGCAGGAGCGGUACAGGACUCCCAUCCCUACCGAGGGCUGGGGGAGACCCUGCGGGGCCCCCCAGGAGCAGAUUCGGGGGUGCGAGGAGACCCCCUGUCCCCCCCUGUGCCCCUGGGCGGGGGGCGAGCGGGGGCUGGGCGAGCGCUGGAGCCCCGAGCCGUGCCGGCAGUGCACCUGCACCCCCGAGGGACCCCAGUGCCAGGAUACCCCGUGUGCGGCAGAGCCGUGUGACUGGAGCCCCUGGGGGUCCUGGGCACCCUGCGGAGACCCCUGUGCUGGGGGGUCCCGCCUGCGCCACCGGCACCCCCUGAACCCCGAGAUCCCCGAGCGGGAAUGCGGUGGGGUCCAGACCCAGAGCGAGAGCUGCAACUCCACCGGCUGCCCCGAGCCGAGCUGCGGAGGCGGGGGCCGGACCCGCAGUCCCUGCGCCGGGCGSUGUCCCCGGACCUGCGCCGACACCUGGGCCCAGGUGCUGUGUCUGCAGGGGCCCUGCGAGCCAGGAUGCCGGUGCCCCCCCGGGCAGCUGCUGCAGGACGGUCACUGUGUCCCGCUGAGCCGGUGCCGCUGCGGGAUCCCCGGGGGAAGAAACGGGAGCCGCGAGGUGCCCCCGGGGACCGUGACCCAGAUCGGGUGUCACRACUGCACCUGCGAGAAUGGGACCUUCACCUGUCCGGUGCUGGCGUGUCCCUCCCCGGGACCCGCGACCCCCGCGACCCCCGCGAUCCCCGUGUCCCGCUGGUCCUCCAUGUCCCCCCUGUCCACCUUGUCCACCGCCGUGUCUCCUGUAUCCCCGCUGUCCCCCUCGUCCCCUCUUUCCCCCACGACCUCCAUGUCCUCCCUGUCCCCCGCCGUGUCCCCCUGGUCCUCUUGGUCCCGCUGCUCCCGCAGUUGCGGCGGCGGGACCCGGACGCGGCACCGGCAGUGCCGGGAGGGUCCCGGGAAGGGGUCGCGGUGCGGGGAGAGCCCCGGGGAGGAGACGGCGGCGUGUAACCCCCACCCCUGCCCCGACUGCCCCCCGGGCGAGGUAUGGCUGGAUCCCGGCCCCGCCUGCGAGCGCAGCUGCCAGGACCUUGCGGAGCCCCCCAGGACUUGCGGGGGGACCCCCGUGACCCUCGGAUCCUCCGGGACCCCCCGCACCCUCKAUACCUCCGGCGCCCCGGCGACCCCAGACACUCCCGCGACCCCCGACACUCCCGCGACCCCCGCGACCCUCGGGACCCCCGCGUCCCCKCCGCGCUGCGCCUGCGCCCCCGGCCGGUACCGGAACGGCUCCGGGCAGUGCGUGAGCGCGGAGGGCUGCGGGUGCCGGUACCGCGGGGCGCUGCGUGCGGCCGGCAGCGAGUGGCGGGAGCAGUGUGCGACCUGUCGCUGCUCCGAGGGACGCGUCACCUGUGCCACCUCCUGCCCCGCACUCACCUGCCCGGAGGUGGGGGGGCCCGGGGGCGGUCCGGGGGGAGGUGCGGGGGGUCCCUGCGGGCAGGGGCUGAGCCUGGGGGUCCCCGCAGGGCACGGAGCCGGUGCGGGAGCCCGGGAGCUGCUGCCCCGUGUGCCGGGACGAGUGGCCAGAGGAGCCCCCCGGGCCGUGCCGGCUCCUCACGGCGCUCCGGACCAUCGCCAARGCUACUGCGCGGGGGGGUGCCGGUCCCGCACCGCCGUCAGCGCCCAGGAGCCGUACGUGCGGUCGCUGUGCGAGUGCUGCAGUUACCGGCUGGACCCCGCCCGGCCCGUGCGCCCCCUGCUCCUGCCCUGCCCCCGCGGCCGCCCCCGGCCCGCGCUGCUGCCCCGCAUCGCCGAGUGCCACUGCGAGCCCUGCCGAGGUGCGGAGGGGGCGAACCUGGGGGGUCCUGGCGGGAGAGAGGGGGUUCUGGGCGGGUACUGGGCGGGACACACAACCCCCGCACUGCUCAGAGCGCUGCCGGCGGGGACCUCACCCGGCGCUGAAGAGCCUCUCCGGAGACCCCCGCCCGCCUGUGUCGGCAUCGAGGAGUUUAUUACCAAUAAAGGAUCAAUAAUCGUUAAGGAUCGAUAA